AAAUAGUAUUUUUAAAAAUCGACUCAAGUUGUUUCUUAAUGAACUCCGCAGAGUCUCCUGACUCCGAGAAUCAGGAUGCGUCUGAUAUUUCUUUGCUCGACAAUGACCAACCUGAGAAAUAUACGAUUUCGCAAACCCUAUUUGAGGAUCUACAAAAAAUGGGAUUCAGUGAAAAUGCUAUAAAAAAGUCUAUUGUUGCCGGAUGUAUUGAUCAAAGCACAUGCAUUCAGUGGAUCACUAUGCAUACUGAUCAUCCAGAGCUCGACGCGCCGCUUGCGAAUGGUGUGGAGGUCACCGUCAAGUGCAAGAAAGUCCUCACUGAAGCGGAGCGGGAACAGAAAGUGAAGGAACUUCAGGAAAAAAUAAAGGAAAAGAAAGAAGAGACCAAGAAGGAGUCUCAUCGCAAGAAAGUUGAACUUACUGAAAUGUGGCGGAAGUCGUUGGAGGUCAAGGAGGAGAUGGACCAAGUCCGACGGCAGACCCAGUUGGAUGAGAUAAAACGCGAUAAGGCCUCUGACAGGGAGGCAUACCGGCAAAUUAAGAUUGGCAUCAUUGCGGAUCGCUAUAAACGCCAAGGGAAGAGUAGUGACGAGGCGCACAUGCUAGCGGUAAAAGAAUACGAUGAAGAGCAGCUCCAAAAGCGGCAAAUUGCGGCUGACCGUUUGAAAGACCUCAAAGUAGCCCCCGACGACCAUCCCCAUGAAGCCAGCAAGGGAGAAUGGAACUUGAAUUCGGUUUUAGAUACCAGGAAUGAUCAUAGCACGCAUCUUCACACAUUUUACGCUGCACCCGCGCCGACGAUGGAAGAGGUGUCGACCUUGAUUAGUGAUAUUCGCCGCGUAGCCGAUGAAUCUGAAGGCGCACAGUGCGUGCGCGUGCUGCUUACCAUUUUCGGAAACAUCAGGGACUCUCCCUUUGAUAUCAAGAAACGCACCCUCAAGACGGGCUCUAAGUUGCUUUCGCAGCAUGUUCUGAGGCAUGAAAGCGCCGUGAGGUUGAUGCGGGUGUGCAAUUUUGACAUCGUCGUGGAUGCGGAUGGCAAUGAACUUUUAGUGUGUACGACAGUUAUUAUUCACGUUCUCAAUGAGAUUAUCAAAGCCUUAGAAUGAUUUUAAUGGGUGUAUAUAUCUACCGUUCUAUCCAUUUUUAAUGACGGGAUGUUUUUUAUUAACAAUCCUGUGAUUUGCUA